GCUGAUGUUAGAUGAGCCCUACGUCUCGAUUGCCAGACCAAGACCCGCCCAGGCACCAGCCCCCCUCUUGGUGCAUCGGUUCGAGUCAUAACUAUAUAUACAUUCCCCUAUAAGACGUCUCCGAAUACACUCUUUCAGGAAAACAUGGCAACCUCGACAACCCAGAGGACAGGCUCCUGCCUCUGUGGGGCAAUCCAACUCAAGAUCGCCGGCGAGCCCCUCUUCACCAACCUAUGCCACUGCAUCUCAUGCCAGAAGAGCACAGGCACCAUACUCGCUUCUGUCGCUGCAUUCAAGCCCGAGCAACUCGAAUACACCGUCACGCCGCCCGACGUCCUGAAGACGUACGUGGACGGCUCGCCUCUCUCGGGAAGCACGCUUGAGCGGUCCUUCUGCAGCAUCUGCGGCUCGCGUGUCAGGAACGAGGCCACGAGGCGCAAGGGUGUCAUGGCCGUCGUGCCCACGGGCAUAAUAGACGGGGACAAGGCGGGGCUGAAGCCUAGGUUCGAGUUCUUCUGCAAGAACAGGGAGGAGUGGGUGGCAAAGGUGGAGGGCUCCAGGGAGUUUGUCCUGUCGGCGCAGACGAUGGCUGAUUUGGGCUUGUAGGAUAAUUCAGUGGUACGGUUUUGGCCAACAAGAAGCUUUGGGGGUUCUAGUAUCGUAAAUAGGAGGAGCAGAAAAAAGGGUGCAUCCGUAUGGGAAACAUGCUAAGCCUUCUCUCUCUCUAUUGAUGUUAAGCUACCCUGGACUUGGCGUUGCCGAGAACGUAUACCGAA